AUGGAUAAAAUAUUGAGAAACACAUUGCGUAUUAAUCAACGAUUAUUACGUACAUAUUCAACGUAUCAAUAUUCGAAGUGAGUUAAUAAACUUUAACCUUAAUUGAAAGCAUGAAUUUUGCGUUAUUUGUUAUUAAUAUUGCAGAAUUCUUAAGGAUCAUGCUACGUGUGUAUAUACGAAUAACGAUAAUCAUAUAGCAAGGAGGUCAAUUCUGCUUUCUAAUAAAAAAUCAUUUAACAUUGUACAAAAACGUACAAUGUUCAUACAAACGCAAGAUACACCGAACCCUAAUAGUUUAAAAUUUCUACCUGGAGUCAAAGUAUUAGAACCAGGCCAGACUAAAGAUUUUCCUAAUGCUACGGAUGCAUAUUGUUCACCUCUUGCAAAAAUGUUAUUUCGCAUCGACGGUGUGAAAUCUGUAUUUUUUGGUCCAGAUUUUAUUACAGUAACAAAAUCAGACGAAGAUGUUGAGUGGAAAUUACUGAAACCAGAGAUAUUUGCUGUUGUAAUGGAUUUUUUUGCAACUGGUUUACCCAUAUUAACCGAUGAACAGCCAGCAGCAGAUACUCAAAUUAGCGAAGAUGAUAGCGAGAUAGUACAAAUGAUUAAAGAAUUGCUAGAUACUCGAAUACGACCAACGGUACAGGAGGACGGAGGUGACAUUGUAUUUAUGGGUUUUGAAGAGGGGAUAGUGAAAUUGAAAAUGCAAGGUUCCUGUACAAGUUGUCCAAGUUCUGUGAUCACUUUGAAGAACGGAGUUCAAAACAUGAUGCAAUUUUACAUACCAGAAGUACUUGGAGUAGUGCAAGUAGAAGAUGAAACUGAUCAAAUCGCAAAAAAAGAAUUUAAACAGUUUGAAGAAAAGAUUAAAAAUUCUAAAACGAGUGAAAAAUCGUAA